UGUACUAGUGCACUUUUAUUUUCUACUUACCCGAACAUUUACUAACACAACACCCAGGAAGCUAUAUUAAGUAGUCACACACGACAAGCAAGAUAGUGGUCAGAGUCAUCAGUUUGAUCACCCAGUUUGGUGACACUCCCGAAGUGACUUUUUUCCUCCCGGCCCCCCGAAACAAACUGCAGAUCAAAAAAAGAAAAAAACUUUUGCAGCAGAUACGUGCAUAAAGAGAGGAUGAUGUUACACGGCUAGGCCAGUCAGUACCAAGCUAUGAACAUCCACAUACUGCACAAGAGCAUAGAGAAAGAGGGAGAGAGAGGGGGAGAGAGAGAGAGGAGAGAGAGAGAAAACACUUGAGCGAUCGGAGGGGGGGAGGAGGACAGAAAAAAACAAGCAGAGAAAAUUGUUCGAGGAAAACGAAAGUACGACAGUCGAUUUCAAUUGAACAAGUGCCUUAUUUCGGUGGACGGACGCCGCGUUUCCUAGUUUUACUUGGGCGACUUGAGCUCUGCGGUGUUGCGCUUUAACGCAGGAGGCUGCGUUCAUCCGGGCAGGGGGAAAGAAGAGGAAAAAAAGAAAAGCGAGAGAGAAAAAGUGCACAGAGGUGCCUGGCUGCUAUUUGUGUUAUUGUAGCAAAAGCUUGAACUGUUACGAUGUGUCAAUAAGUUUAAAGGUGCAUCGGCGGCUGGAAUGACAAGGCCCUGGCGCUUCGGCUGCCUUUCACGGUGUUUUGUAUUUUAUAGGUCAUCACCAUCGCAUGACAAAGCCUGACUGACAGACUCAUCUUCAUCUUUCAGAUACAGUAUUUCCAUUUUCCGUACCUAAGGUGAGCGUCAUGAAGGGUGGCGGCAGAGGGAAGGAGCCACCCGUGGAGGGGGAGCUCAGUGGCAAGCGGCCCAAACGCAAGUGCCUCCAGUGGCACCCGCUGCUCUCCAAGAAGGCCCUGGACUUCUCCGAGGAGGAGGAGGAGGAUGAGGAGGAGGAGCUGGACAAGGAACCUCUGGCGUGUCGCGAGAACGCGGCCCCAGAUGUGGAGUGCCGCACCAUGGAGGAGGAGGAAGGGGAGGAGGAGUCGUCAGAGCAGCGUGCCCGGCGGCCCAUGAACGCCUUCCUGCUCUUCUGUAAGAGGCACCGCUCCCUGGUGAGGCAGGAGCACCCACGGCUGGACAACCGGGGGGCCACCAAGAUCCUCGCCGACUGGUGGGCCGUGCUGGAACCCACGGAGAAGCAGAAGUACACUGACAUGGCCAAGGAGUACAAAGACGCCUUCAUGAAAGCCAACCCCGGCUACAAGUGGUGUCCCACCACCAACAAGCCAGUUAAGAGUCCGGCAGCGGCGGUCAGCGGCAGCCGCAAGAAGGUCUGGUCCUUCACGUCGAAUGCGCCCAAGGACAGCGCUGCAGCUAAGAAGGUCCCCAAGGCGGAGGGCACUCCCCAGCUCAACUUUGCCAUGGCAGACCCCACGAAAAUGGGGGGCCUGAGCAUGCUGUUGCUGGCCGGGGAGCGGGCGCUCAGCACGCGGGAGGUUUCUUCAAGCACGUCUCCAGUGACUGCAGACUCAGACAAGCACAGCGGGAAGUCCGCCUUGUUCCAGCUAGCUGAGAUUUCCUCAAACUCUCUCCGGUCAGGAGCUGAGGAUGCUGGCAGCUGUGUGCUCUUCCAGCUGGCUGAGAUUUCUUCCAGCAGCCCCCAAUCCAACACAGCACCCCCAACACCCUCAGAGGGGAAGAGCUUGGCAGCCGAGCUGGCAGCCGCGGCUUCCGAAACGCCGUCCCCGGGAGGCGCCAGCCCGUCGGGAGACGCGGUGAAGUCCGCUCUGUUUCAGCUGGCGGAGAUCUCCUCCAGCACCUCACAGUCCACAGACGGAAAGCAGUGCGGUCAGUCAGCCCUCUUCCAGCUUGCUGAGAUGUGUUUGGCUUCUGAAGCAGUGAAGAUCGAAGCCUUGGGGUCACAGCCAUCAUCUUCAUGCAGCUCUGCAGAGCAGGACAGCAGGGAAGCCGCCUGCAACUCUCAGGAUGCCCGCGAUCUUCCUUUAUCCUCCCCCUCCUCCUCCUCCUCCUCCUCCUCUUCCUCCUCCUCGUCCUCCUCCUCCUCGUCCUCCACGACCCCAAUGGACGGCAGCCUGCCAGCACUCAGCCAGUCCAAGACCAUAAAAAAGAAGAAAAAGAAGAAGAAAGACAAGAGUGAGGAGGCUAAGGCAGAUAAGAGCCCCCCGUCGCUCAAGAAGCCAUGUAAGAGACGCCAAUCGUCAGAGUCGGACCUGGAGAGCGUCAUCUACACCAUCGAGGCUGUGGCCAAGGGAGCCUGGGGCAGCGAGAGGGCGCAGAAGAGGAAGUCCCGCCCACCGUCUGGCGAUAAGGGCGACUCUAAGGAGCCUGAAUCUCCAAAGAAGAAGAUGAAAGCCAAAGUGAAGAAACUGACCCAGGCAAAAGAGGAUGAGGGGUCUGCGGGGGACUGCAAGACCCCAGAAGAGGAGGUGCCCCUGACCUGCCCUGAAACCGAGUCCAUGGAUGUCAGCGUGAAGGCAGAGCCCCUGGUCAGCGGGGAAGAGCCCUCCCCCCCGAGCACACCAGUGCCCCCAGUCCUGCCAGUCAAGGCUGAGGAGAAGGAUGGAGAAGCCAAAUUGGAGAGCUGUGGCUCCAGAAAGUCAGAGAGGAGCUGCAAAGGUGCCCUGUACAAGACACUGGUCUCUGAGGGGAUGCUGACCUCCCUGAGAGCCAACGUGGACAGAGGUAAAAGGGGCUCGGGGCGUGGGAGCGUGUCCGACCUGGAGGGCAGCUGGACGGAAGAGAGCUGGACGUUCACGCAGACGGGACCCAGCAGCACCAAGAAGCUGAAGAAGUCCAGAUGGAAAGACGAGUCUCUUCCUGGGUUAGGGAAACUGGAAGAGGAGUUUGAGAAGAAGUUCAACAGCCUUCCCCAGUACAGCCCGCUGACGUUUGACAAGAAGAACACCUCAGUCACCAAGAAGAAGAAGACUGGCGUGGAGCAGCCCAAAGGCGCCAGGGGUUCAUCCUCAUCUCAGAAAAAGAAUUUAUUCCACAAGAUCGUUAGCAAGUACAAGCACAAAAAGGAGAAAACCAAUACUUUGGAUAAAGCCAUAGUGACGCAGGACACUCACCCGCUUGACACAGCUCAGAAAGCCAAGCUGUCUGUCCCCGGGGGCGUGUCGUCCCUGGAUACCAUGGGGGCCGCAGAGAUGCUGGUGGGCAGCCAGAAGAGAAAGGCCAGGAAGAGUAAGAUAACCCACCUGGUGCGCACUGCUGAUGGGCGCGUCUCCCCAGCAGAGGCGGAAGACAAGGCCAAGGAGCUGACACAGGACCAGGAUGAAAAGCCAUCAACACAGGAGACUUUAUGCAACGAAUCAGGGUACUACGAGGACCCUAAGCCACAGGAGGCGUGCGAGGCUGCCACGGUGUCUGACCUGCCGGCGUUCUUCAGCCUGGCCGCGCUGGCCGAGGUGGCAGCAAUGGAGAAUGCACACAGGAGCCAGCGCGCGGUCGGCAUGCCCGGAGAGGGCCAGUCGAAGGAGAUGGCGCAGACUCCCGUGCUCAUCUCCUGUGCGGAUCAGUGAAGGCCCAACCCUCCGAACAAAAGGACCCCACGUGCUUCUCUUUCCUAACCUCCUAACUGUGUCUCAGGAUGGAAGGUAACCGUGGGCACUGGUCGCUCCGAUUGAACUGGGCUCAGCUUCCGGCGGAAGGAGUCCACCGAACGCUGGCCUCUGGCAGCUCCCGGCUGCCGCGAUCCUCACGGAAGGAGCCGAGCCGGUCUCAGAGCGCGGGUCUCAUGCUGGGGGAGGCCGCGGCGGUUUUAGCGGCUAUCGCUGCCCCAGAGAAGACUGCCGUUUAAAGGUCAAGUUUUGCAAACAAAGUGCAUUUAAGAAGGUUCCCUGAUUUAUGAUGUAAUUUACUGCUGUGCGAGCUCACGCCACGUGAUACGUUACCAGAUGCUGCCCUGUGUUGCCUCUUCCAAGAGUGUUAGACCCUUAGGUGACUAAACAACUUCCUGUCUGAAGCCAGCACUGGCCUGGCCCUAGAUGGCUUGCUGGUUAAACCACACUCACCCAUUUUACCACAAGUGUGUGAUGCAGAACCAUACGUGAUCAGACAGGCAGAUGUUUUCCAUUCCGUUUGUGUCACUUUCACGAAGUCACAGACUCAGUGACCACAGGGUCAACAAGGCCGGAGUCGUCGAUCGACAUGCUCAGGUCUGAAGCAGCCUGACUUCUCAUUGUUUUUCUUUUUUAAUGGGAAACAAGCUGGCUAAUUCUCUGCUUAGCUACCAGGGCUAAAAGAUGACGGACUAGCAUAACAAAUAUUGGGAAGGCUGGUCCAUGCUUUUGUCGUACUCCCUCGAGGCAUCUGUCCGUCUAAGCUAAUGGCAACAUUUCAUGUUUUCUGACUGGAAAAAAAAGGAAAUUCCCCUCUCAUGCAAGUUCCCUCAUUCGAAACGUUGAUGUCGAAAUACUUGAAUGACAGGAAUAAAAAUGCAUUUUAUGUCAAUACUUGACCUUGCAGCAGUUUGGGUAGCAUCUAAAUAGCUGAUCCAAAUGUGUGCUACUAGUUUCCUAAGGCAUUUAGUUUAAUAACAGAGAUACUGCACUAAUUUUAGCUAAAGUAGAGAAGGUGUUUUUUUUUUGUUUUCAGUAGGGUCGUAUUUAAAGAUUCCUUUCCUGUAAUUUUUUUUUUAACUCUGCGUAGGUUAGGGUUUUUCAUCCAAGCAACGGUCCACUUCGUAAAAGUUACUGUCAGCAUCCCAACAAAGUUUUGAUUUGAAAUAUGUGCAGCGUUAUUGUAUCUUGUAUCUUGUUAUUUUUUUCUUUCACACCCUGGAAGUGGAAUUCCCAGCCAUUCAUUCCUCCUCUUUCCUUUUUUUUUUUCGGCCCAUUGCAUCACAUACCUAUCAUGAUGUCACGCUAUCAGCGUCUUCAGGGCGGGUUCCUCUGUUAGCCCUUGCCGAUUCAUCACCGGCACCCCUUGGUGGGCGGAGUCUCCUUCAGCAUCUUCGUCAGUGUCCCUAAGUCUUCGCUGGUCUGUAGCUGCGACUGUCACUUUCGGUUCUGCCUCUAAACCCCCCCCCCCCCCCACACACACACACACACACACACACACGUGCGCUUGCUCAUAAUCCAGGUUGCUUCAUGACCCCCCCCCCCACAUUUGGUCACAACGGUUUAAUAAUAUCACCAGUGGCUGUGCCACAGAUGCUGCCCCAUCAAACCCAGUUGCCAGGCAGAGCAAUACUCUAGCUUAAGCUGGGAAAUCUUCUCCAGUCUUUAUGCUACCUGCUUUUAUUUUCGUUCAAACACCUGAAGAGGUGUAAAUCCAUUUUGGGAUCACACAUUCACCUACACUUUCCUUGUACAAUGUCUUCUGUGAAUUAAUCAGUGGUACUUUUUUACUGUUAUGCCUGUCUUUUAAAAAGUUUUAUGCGUCGAGGCACAGUUUGUUUUUUUUUCAGCUUUUUAUUUGUUUCCUUGCCUCAGAUGCCUCAUCUGGGGCCAGUUUACUGGAUCAAGACUGUUGUUAAAAGCUCAUAUACAAAAAAAAAAAUAACAUGUAUGCUGACUUAUGGAGCAGAUAAUCACUGAGAAGUGAGACACAGCUUCUAGGGGAGUAGUUUGCAUUUCUCUGCUUUGUAGAGCGUGUAUGUUCUUAAAGAAACCAUAAAGAAAUCCGGCUUAUGGUUGACAAGUACUUCGGGCCUAGAGCCUGCGGGCAAGAGUCACUUCGUAGUUUUUCCCAGGUGCUACUCUCUUGUGUGAAGGAUGGGAUGUUUGAUUUAGCCCAAGGGACUAGACCUUUCCACAUUCUGAUCGAUUUUUAAGUCUUUAAGGAGAAAAAAGGCUAGUUUACGGUCUAUUUUUUUCUAUAGUUGCGUAGCAUCCGGCUACACAAAGUGUAGCAGAUGAGCAGAUUUUUUUUUUCUUCAGAUUGACCAACACAGGCACUGUUUUAAUUAACUAAAUCACGUUUUCUAACAAACGAUCACUAUCGCUAGCUGUAGAAUAUAGAGGACGGAAUCAGAAGUGUAAAAAAUUGCAGUUUUGAGCUUUAAAUCGCUUUCUCUAAAAUUGAGAACUAGAUGCAUUUUUUAUUUUUUUUUUAGUGUUUUAGCUUUCGGGGGAUUUUUUUGGAAUUGGAAAGGCAGAGAGAACCCGCUUUUCGUAAUUUUUAAUAAAUUAGCGAGGCAGAUUGAGAGCACUGAAGUCGAUCACGUCUCCCUCCAGUUUGGUGUCAAAUCAUGAAGUUUGAAUUUCUGGAACACUCUUUUUAUACUCAAUUACUUUAUUAUGAAUUAGAUUGUGUGUAAAUAUUAUAAACCUGUAUAGUAAUACCUGUUUGUGUGUCUCGAAGACAUACAGCUUAGGGUCUCCAAAUUGCCCUUAAUGUGUAUAUGUUUGUGUGUCUGCUGUAUAAUAGACUGUCCCAUCCUUGUGCCCUGUACUUCAUGGGAUACAUUGGACAGGGGAUUAUGGUAAAUGGCGGUAAAAUAUUUUGAUGGGUUUGAACCUAGUUAAUACAGGACCCAGACCCAAAUUUCUGUCAGCCAUAUCUAGGCGAAAAAAUUUACUUUCAGCAUCCGAUCAGUUAGGCUGGGAAUUUUGGGUGUGUCCGAUUUGACUGGGAAUUGGAGGGAAAUGUGUGCGGCGUGUGCACCUCCAUCAAAGCCUCCUCCUUUAAAUAAUGCCGUCUGUAGGUAUGGCCCUAAACGUGAAGCUUCACAAACUAAAACGUCUUAUCACUAUGGGAACAGUCUUGUCACGGUGGAAGACGGGAAGUGGCAUGCGCGUAACCCUGAGGCGCCAGGCAGUGCGCGUGGAUUCGCAGACAUUUGCCAAAGAAACCGUGUCUUUAAAUAAAACAUAGCAAGGAAAGGAAAAAGUCAAGCAAGAAUGGCGGGUGCACUGAGAUCUUCAGGUAACAGAGGUACUAUUAGCACAAUUAAUUCUGUACAAUACCAGUGGGCUACUUCUGAAUUCAGUCUAUGUUGGGAACGGUGUACGACGCAUCGGCACCUUUAAUUGCCUCUUAAAAAGACAAUAUUUGCACCUUAAAACCCAAACCAAAACGAUAUCACCCUUCAGAAACAGAUUUGAUUUCCCUCCAUCUCCACAUACGCGGCACAUCCUCUGACCAUUCAGCUCCUCUUACUACAUACCUUAAAAAUAUUAAAUAAUAUUGAGGUUCAUUCUUAUUGUAUUUAUAUGUGAAUGAAAGUAUUUUAGGCUGAUUUUGAACAUUCUGGCAUGAAACUGAAAAUGUCCACACAUCUUAAAUCCCUGUUCACAUAAGACACCAUCUUCCAUUUUUUUCUAUAUAUAUAUAUAUAUAUAUAUAUAUAUAUAUAUAUAUAUAUAUAUAUAUAUAUACACACACACACACCCAUACAUAUAUAUAUAUUAUAUUAUAAGAUGCCUAUAUAAAUCUAGAGUUCCUAUAUAAUUAGAUGAUUAAUAAACCCUUUUCUGCUAGCACUGUCUCUUGAAUGUAAUGGAUUUUGUACCUGUAUUUUUCUAAUUACGAUUCUUUCUGUAUGUGAUGGAUUUAUAUGGAGGAGAUUUAGGCCGCUGGCACAAGUGCGCUGUUUGUUACAAAAAAAAAAAAACCGGAAAAAAACUCCACCGUCAUAGCUACAGGACAGACGCUGUAUCGGACUGCAUCGACACAGCGUCUGAAUUUGCUCGGCUGAUGCCGGAGACAAAGUUUUAUUUUUAAGAUUAAGAUGAUGGCGUCCUGGUUCCCCCCCGCAUCAGAAUAUGAGACAGGUUAACGACUCUUUGCUGGUUGACACCAGGGACGCUGAAAUUUAAAGAACAUUGCCAAACCCUCUGUAAUUAGCUUAUUUAUUGUCUCUCUUUUUAUUGUUUUAUCCAGGUAGUCUUAAAAAAAAAAAAUGAUAUGCACCCUGGAGGUAAACAGCGUACCUUUGACCUACUCUAGAAUGUUCCCUCAUGGCUACAAAGGUUGUCAUGACAGUCUUGUUGAGGGGUAUCUCCAGACCUAAUGAUCUUUCCUCUUGAAAGUAUGUACAAUGUGUGCUUGGUCUAAUUUAUGUCAAUAGUACUGUAUCAUGACAUGUAUGGACUUGAUUGUUACAACCCAGUUGUUAAUGCAGCCUUGCCUUAUCGGACCCCCUGCUUUAGAAAGGGAUUCCUUUGCCACCCCCCUCACAGAGUUGUCUGUCAUAACACUGUCUGUUGACGCAACUAUUAUUCCUUGAACACCUAUUAAAAUAACCUAUAUUGAA